UAUUGUCGAAAAUAUUGUAUUCAUCCAAUGGACGCUAUAAAUAACUUUGCUCGAGGAAGAAACAAUCACUUAGUCUUCCUCCUUUGAACGGAACAAAUCGCAGAACACCACUCAACAUGAAAUUCAUCAUUGUCUUUGUUGCCCUCUUUGCCAUUGCCUUGGCCGCCCCCGCUGAAGUGGCAAUUGUCAAAAGUGAAUCCGAUGUUGGUCCCGAUUCCUUCUCAUAUGCCUACGAAACUAGCGAUGGUACCAAAUCCGAAGCUAGCGGCAAUGUGAUUCAUGCCGGUACCGAAGAGGAAGGUAUUGCCAUCAAGGGUUCCUUCAGCUUCGUUGCUGAUGAUGGACAAACCUACACUGUUAACUACAUUGCUGAUGACAAUGGUUUCCAACCUCAAGGUGCCCAUUUGCCAGUUGCUUAAGAUGUGAUUCCAUGU